GUGACACAAGACUAGUACAAAUGACAAUUCAGAUCGGUGAAAUCGGCCUAAAGAAAACUUCGAUAAGUUUUGCCGAGUAAUUGGUUUCACUGAUAAUAUUACUUUAAUUUAAACUGUUAAUAUGGAGUACACUAACAAGGACUUCCCUAAACUUAAGAACGAUAGAUUGUUAAGAGCUGCAUUAGGACAAGAAGUAGAUAAAGUCCCUGUGUGGGUUAUGCGGCAAGCCGGCAGAUAUUUGCCUGAGUUUCAGCAAGUCCGCGCGCAGCACGAUUUCUUCACUGUUUGUCGAACCCCAGAGCUCGCUUGCGAAGUGACCCUACAACCACUGAGGAGAUACGAACAUCUAGAUGCCUCCAUCAUCUUCAGUGACAUACUGGUUAUACCACAAGCUUUGGGCAUGACUGUGGAAAUGCACCCAGGAGUGGGCCCAGUUUUCCCUAAGCCGCUUGGUGGUCCUUCGGAAAUUGAUCAAUUGCAAGAAGAGGGAGCAGUGUCCAGGUUACUGUAUGUGGGCAAGGCGAUCACACUUACAAGGCACAAAAUAGAAGGCAAAGUACCUUUAAUUGGAUUUACAGGUGCACCUUUUACAUUAAUGGGAUACAUGAUUGAAGGAGGAGGCAGUAAGACCAUGGCUAAAACCAAGGAGUGGCUGGAGAACUACCCUAAGGAUGUCCAUAAGCUCCUCAGUAUGCUAACGAGAGUCAUUAUUGAUUAUUUAGUCAUGCAGGUUGAAAGUGGAGCUCAGUUGCUGCAGGUGUUCGAGUCCAGUGCCGACCAUCUUACGCGGGAACAGUUCAUUGAAUUCUCUGCACCGUACUUAAAAGACAUCAGAAGUGACGUACUUCAGAAAAUCAAGGAGAAGAAUUUGGAAAACGUCCCUAUGACAGUGUUUGCAAAAGGAGGAGGACAUUCUUUAGACGUUCAAGCUAAACUGGGGUACGAAACUCUCGGGUUAGACUGGACUGUGGACCCUAUAGAGGCUAGGAAAAUUGUUGGAGACAACAUCACACUGCAAGGGAACCUGGACCCUCAAGAUUUAUAUAAAACUCCGGAGGAAAUCCGACAGAUGACAAUAGAUAUGGUGCGAAAAUUCGGCAAGCACAGAUACAUUGCCAAUCUAGGACACGGGAUAACGCCGCAAACUCCGCUGGAGAGUAUGACCGCAUUUACUGAGGCUGUGCAUGAAGCAGUUUGAUACAUUGUAUCCUAGAUUAUUUUAGAUGUCCACCAUGGUAAGCAUAUGAUGGACGCGACAGUAUAUCGCCCGCAAGAUCCCCCCGUCACCCGUCCACCACCGACCCGCCCUCAUCAUCCUCCUUGCGUUAUCCCGGCAUUUGCCACGGCUCGUGGGAGCCUGGGGUCCGCUUUGACAACUAACCCUUAGACUACCCGGCUUACUCUAAUUGUAAUAAAUACAGAUCUACCCAUCUGUAUUUAUUACAUCUAACCUUACGGACGACAUAAAGUCAUACUCAUCAUAUGUAGCCUGCAGGCAGUCUAUCACAACUUGCGCUCUCGCUCGCGAGUCCAUACUUGAAGUCGUGUUUGAUUUAUGGACUCGCGCGCGAGAACUCAAGUUAGUGCUAAACUGCCAGAUGUUAAAAGCCAAGCUAUCGGACAUCUUAAAAACUAUAUUUAGAAGGUGGACAAAGAUUUUCUAAGCAAACUAGUUGGGUUUCGUUAUUGUUAUAUUAAUUAUGGUAAUAAAUGGUUUAUUGUUUUC